CCUCAGGGAACUCGGAACACGAAUUCCAGCUGAGCUUGGGCUACAUUUAGGGACAGAGCAAGGCAAAAAAACCAAAACAAAACAAAACAAAAAACCUAUCAACUAACAAUCGCCGCGAAGAGUGUCUCAGGAUACCACUUGUUGGCGAAUUGGCAGUAAGGGCGGAACAAGAUUUUCUAAGGGUUUGAAAACGGAAAUCCUCCAACGAGGAUGCCGGCGCCCCAAGACCGCGCGCGAGCCACGGCGGGCCGGAGCGCUACAGGCUUCUCCGCUGGAUAAAGAAGAUGCCCAGGCGUGCGCUCCAGUCCGGGUUCCCUUUCCCACCGCCGCGGUGCUGUGCGGCGCAGCCAAAAAAGGGAAGACAGGGAGGGGACGGCAUUCCACCUCCAAGGCACCCGGCAUCCGCCCCCUCAGCGGCCAACUCAUGCCGUUCCGUGGCUAACCAGCCCUGGGUUCUGGGCCUCUAGAGGCCCCCCAGCCCUCAAAUCCCAGUGCGGGGUGCAAACCUGCCCCCUGCUGCCGUCACCCCUACCCCGCCGUAGACACGUGCGCCCUCCCGGUGCCCCCCUGAGGACGCGAUUGUGCCCUGAAGGGCGUCUCGCCGCUGCCAAACGCCGUCCCGCCCGCUUGCAGCCCCUUGGCGCGCCUCUACGCCCGGUCUCGCCUGGCUCGGGGAAUCGGCUGCAGAACCGCGCAAAGGCAGCCACCCGAAGGAGCAGCGAGGCAAGGCAGGCGUCGGUGCGUCUCGCUGCCUCUGGACCCGGCGCCACGGAUGCUAACUUAUCACUUUUUAAUUCGGGCUUCUGCAGCUCUAGAAAAAUUGAAACUUCUGUGUGGAGAAGACAAAGAAUGUUCAAACCCAUCAAAUCUUCUAGAACUUUACACACAGGCCAUUUUGGACAUGACAUAUUUUGAGGAGAACAAACUAGUAGAUGAAGAUUUUCCUGAGGACUCUUCACAGAAAGUAAAAGAGCUGAUCAGUUUUCUUUCAGAACCAGAAAUUUUAAUUAAAGAAAAUAAUAUGCAUCCAAAACCCUGCGAUUUGCUUGGGGAUGAACUUCUGGAAUGCCUCUCUUGGAGAAGAGGCGCUCUACUCUAUAUGUAUUGUCAUUCUCUGACCAAAAGGAGAGAGUGGCUCACAAGAAAAUCCAGUUUGCUUAAAAAGUAUCUUAUUGAUGGAAUCAGUUACUUGCUACAGAUGCUAAAUUACCGGUGUCCUAUCCAGUUAAAUGAAGGAGUUUCUUUCCAAGACUUAGACACAGCUAAAUUACUGAGUGAAGGAAUAUUUAGUGACAUUCAUUUGCUGGCUAUGAUGUACAGCGGAGAAAUGUGUUACUGGGGAUUGAAGCAUUGUGCAGAUCAACAGCCAGAAAAUCAUGAAGUGGAUAGUGGUGUUUCCGGAGCAAGCUACACGACACAGAAAGAACCCUUGGAUUUCCGAGAAGUAGGAGAAAAAAUUUUGAAAAAGUAUGUAUCUGUGUGCGAAGGACCCCUGAAAGAACAAGAAUGGAAUACAGCAAAUGCAAAACAAAUUUUAAACUUCUUUCAGCAUCAUACCAACCAGUAAGUUCAGCUAUUCUUUUUGAAACAAAAGAACAAAACAACCCGUGAAAUGGAAAAAGUUCCAGAAAAGAAGACAUAUUGACACUGAGCUUAAGAAUGUUACACUAUGUAAAGAUAACCAGCAGGGUUACCUAUUUUUAAAUGCCAUCGCCAUCUUUCAUUACAUAUUUUUAAAUCUAUGAAGGAACAAUUCUUUAAUUUCUAAGAUGGCAUGUAAUUUUAAUUCAGCCAUCCUGUAACUAAUACUAAGUAGUAAUCCAGUUUAGCUUUUUAGAAUUUUUUUAUUACUUUAGGUUUCUUUUUUUAAUAUUGUGACAUAAAAUUGACCACUUUAAAUAUCUUCAGAUUAUUUUUAGGUCUGUCUUGAAGCUACGCUUCAGCGAUUAAAAUCAAGUCACCUCAUUGCUUUAGAUGGAUAAAAAAUGGGCAAAAUAGGAGAUUACCGUAUUUAGACUCCCAUUUCCAGAAUAAGAUAAAUAAUGCAAUGCCACAAGAGAAUUGUUUGAUUUUUUUUCACCAUGUAUUACUAAUAGAAUUAAAAAAUUUUAUGCUAUUGGGCUUUAUAUAACCAUUUUCAAAUGAUUUUCCUGUUUUGUUAAAAGAAAAUGGAUGGCUUAUCAAAUGAGUAAUGAAGGUGAAACCAAUUUAGGUUAGUCCAUCAUUAGCUCAUAUGUGUUUAGAGCACACCUUUUUGGAUGUAUUGAAAUUUUAAUAUUCUUGUCUUUAAUAAUAGAGAUGGCCAGAGAACCUAACUUUCUAUCUUGCUUACGGUAUUUCUGUCUACCUCAACUCCUCUUGUCUUCUUGGGAUGAUCUGUCUAAUACCUUGCUGAUAUCCUUGACUUCUGUGCCAGUGACUUCAUCACAUUCCAGGAGCUUACUCCCAUAGCUACACCUUGAAUGAAAAUCACCAUCUUGUGUUCUCUUUCUGAAAUCUUAAAUUGCAGUAACCGAUAACAAUUUCUAUCUUUCCAGCUUUUUCACUUCCUCAUUUUUGUUGAUUUUUCUUUCCCUGUAUUUCUAUUCUUUUUUUUUUUUUAAUUUUUUUUUUAACGUUUAUUUAUUUUUGAGACAGAGAGAGACAGAGCAUGAAUGGGGGAGGGGCAGAGAGAGAGGGAGACACAGAAUCAGAAGCAGGCUCCAGGCUCUGAGCCAUCAGCCCAGAGCCAGACAUGGGGCUCGAACCCACGGACCGCGAGAUCGUGACCUGAGCUGAAGUCGGACGCUUAACCGACUGAGCCACCCAGGUGCCCCCCUGUAUUUCUAUUCUAUCUCUAGCUUCUUUACAGCCUUCUCCUCUUGACUGUUCCUCUUUCUCCUAAACCAUCAGCCCGUUUCAGAUUUUCUUCCUUUCCUCCAGCUUCAGCUUUAUAAGGGUCACCAGUUGAAGUGCUCUCCACAGCCCCUUCAAGUCCGUUGUCCUCUUGUCCUUCAGUGUAACCAUUCUGCACAUCUCACCAUUGAAUUUAUCCUGUCACCCACCUUUUCUGGAAUGCUGUGUCCCAUGUGAAGUUCAUGUAACCCUUCAAGGUGUAAUCCCUAUGAGUGUCUCACCUUCGACUUUAGAAGAGCCCUCAGUAUAAGCCUCUUGUUUGUUCCUGCUGUGGCUCCUCUCCUUUUCUCUUGGUGGCUAAUCUAAACCUCACUACUUUUUUCAUGUCCUCUGUCUCCUCCCUUAGCAUAUGGCGCUUGGUCCGCUCUUACAGAAAAUUCAGACUAUGAGGAGUUUAAUUUCUAUUUCCCAGCUUUGCCGUACUCAUUUUCCCCAUUUUUAGAAGAAAAGAGGUCACCUGCUUCCUGUCUAAAGCUGAUCUCCACCUCUCCUCAUUUCCCCUGGAGCUUCUUUUUUUUUCCUGCUUGUCCCUUAGAUAUUGCUCUUCCCUGAAGGUCUGUUUUCUUUUUCCCCUCCCCCCCCUUUCCUUCUCUCCCUCCCUCCCAAUCUCACUCUCGCUCUUUUUUUUUUUUUUUUUUUUAAACUUUAAAUACUCUUAGGUGAUGUCAUUCAUAGCCCUGGCUGCUUGUGACAGCUAUAAUGUUAGGCUGACUUCUAGACUUGCAACUCAAAUCCCAGCUUCUCCUGCUCUCUGAGCCUUCUUUCUAACUGCCUAUUAAAUAUCUUCACUCACACAAUUUUGGUAAUUCAGUAUGUCCAAACAACUAACCCUCAUCUUUUGUUUAAAAUCCUUUUUGGUUCAUGUUUUUCUUUCUUUCUUUCUUUCUUUCUUUCUUUUUUUUUUUUCUGUUUUUGGUCUUUCACAGAGCAAGGCAACAAAGAAUGCCACAAUCUAGUUUCUGUCUACCUCCCCAGUUUUCUCUCUGCAGUGCAUCCCAUGUUAUCAUGUUCUAGUUCAGUGUUCCUCAGCAUUUACAACCCAGGCUGCUUUUUGAUAAACAUUCUGAUAGAACAUCUUGGUAUAAGGAAAAUCUCUCCCUAUCCCUGCCCCUGUCUCCUUGCUUAUCCUUACGCAACAGAGAUUUUUAUUUAAUAAAGCUUUUUUAACCAGUUUUACUACAAAAAUACCUUUGUGCUUUCUAAGUAUAAAAAUUUAGAUCAUUUUUAGUAUGGUUUUAGAACCACACGCCCCCUUACCCCCACCUUUUGGAGCAUGAUGAUCAAUUGCAAAUACUUCAGUUCCUUUCCCAUUGGGGUCCCCUCAGUACUCUGCAGAUCUCAUUACUUCUGCCGGGAAUGCUUUGCCCUUCUUUGUGGCCAGGUGAAUACUUGUGCUUUAGGACUCAGCUCCAGUGAUACUGGAUCCAUAAGGUUUUUUCAGCCCUUUUCAGUCAAAUGUUCCUUUGCUUCUGCUCCCUUAAUGUUCCUUCCCAUGUUAUCAAACAGGUAACACUGCUUUAUAGUUCUUUUCCUUAUGUGUUGGUGAACUCCAUAUUUAAAAAAUGUAUCUUCAUACAUUGUGCUUAAUGAAUGGUAGGCCCUUAGUAAUGUUUUUUGGUUUUGUUUUGUGGGUUUUUUUGCCUUUUUUUUUUUUUUAAUUAAUAA